UCUCGAAAUUUAGGGUUUAUCGAGGGGUUUCUUUUGCUGAGUCUUCCCUUCCUCAUAUUCUGUUGUAUUUUUUAUCCGUUGCCGUCGAUUCCUUCCUUUCGCAAACCUAGAUUUUGUUCUUCUUGCGUUUAAUUAGUUCUUUUUCCCGAUCUCAAAACCUGUCGAGAUUCAUUGAGGAGCCGCUUUGUAACUCCGGACGCCUUCGCCAGCUUAUAGAAUUCUGCUGUGCGUUGUACUGCGGCGCGGCGGAUGAACUAGGAGUGGCGGAGAUUGGGCGAACCCUUGUUUUGGCGCUGGUAAUAUGAUCGAUCGAAUAUGAGCGAUGGAAGAAAGAAUAGUGGAAGGGGUCAACAGAUCAGCUCGAAGAAGAGUCGGCUGUCAGGAGGUGACGAUUUUGGCCAUGCCAUCGCCAAGAUCGCAGUUGCCCAGCUUUGUGAGUCGACCGGGUUUCACUACUCCCGUCGCUCUGCGAUUGACGCUCUUGCAGAGGUUGCCGUCCGGUACAUUUGCGAUCUAGGCAAAAGUGCCAAUUUUUAUGCCAAUUUGGCUGGAAGAGCGGAUUGCAAUGUGUUUGAUGUCAUCCAGGGAAUACAGGAUUUGGACUCGUGGAGAGGGUUUUCUGGUGCAUCUGGUGUUCACCGUUGCCUAGUGAAUACUGGUGUAGUUCGAGAGAUCACCCAGUUUGUAAGCACAGAAGAGGAAAUCCCAUUUGUUCAGCCCAUUCCUAGAUUCCCUGUAUCUCGAAUGCCCAAGCCUGCACCUAGCUUUGUUCAGGCUGGGGAGGAACCGCCGGGAGAGCACAUACCUAACUGGCUUCCAAGGCUUCCUGAUCCUCACACCUAUGUCCACACACCAGUUUGGAACAACAGGGACACUGAUGUCAAAGCAGACAUGGUUGAACUAGCAAAGCGGCGGAAGAAGGCUGAGAGGUCUUUGUUAAGCUUACAACAGCGGCUUGCCUGCAACAGGACAGCUGGGUUUCGUCCAACCAAAGAUGGCCAUGUUGGGAAUGGCAAUCAGGUUAAUAACAAUCCUUUUCUGGCCUCACCUUUACCAUAUGGUGAGAAAGAAGUAUCUGAAAUUGCCAGUCCACUGAAAGCGUAUGCUGGCAAGAGGUUGUCUGUUCUUGAGACUUUUGUCCCUGUCAUCAAGGCGGCAAAGGUUGGUUCUCUCGACUUCAAUACUAAUGAGAGAAAGCUUCUUCAUGGAAUCAGGCCUACAGUGAAUUUUAAGGUUGGGACUGUCAAGAAAUCUGUAGCAGCAUCACUCCCUUCUGACACUUUGAUUGCUGAUAAGGAUUCAUGGUCUCUCAAGUACGAUGAGAAGGAUGACAAGAAGAAGAGAGCAGAGAUUAUAUUUAGAGCAGUUAUAGACAAACCACAUGAACUUGCUCAGCUAUAAAGAACAUCUAGACACGCUUGCAGAGUGGAUAUGUAACUGUAUUGUAUGGCAUGUCAAAUUUGGUCGAUUGUGCACUUUUCUGUUCCCAACGAGUUGGGCUGUGUGAGAAAUUCUAGGAACUUGGCAAGAAGAAAGAUCUGCAUCAGCUGAGAUCCACUUACGGGAGAUCAAAGCUUCUUUUUUUUCUGAUUUCUGGAGUAAUUAUAAAGGUAUGAUGCUUGGAAAGUGUUAAAUAUCUGGAUCCUUGAAGAGUGAAUUUGUAUCAUGCUUGGAAUGCAUGGAUUAGUCAACCGGAUUGGGGAGCAAGUUGCAGAAUAGAAGGGCAGAAAAAUAUCAUCAAGGUGAGUCAUUGUUAUACAUUCAUCCUCCAUUAUUGCAUUCUGUGAUCAGAUGCUUAGAGUAAAUGCUGCUUUUGCUGAUAGUUGUGAUUUGAAAUUGUCACCAGAACUUGGUCACUGUUUCCGUAGUGAGAAUACAAACCUCAAUCACUCAAACUGAGAGUUUGAGAAUGAAAUAGAUUUGUUUGCCCAGAAGUUGUCAAUCCGAAUUCAGAUUUCAAAUCUUGAUACAGUUCGAGAAUCAUCUAUCAACAUGAAAAUUGAGAGGGUACAAGUGACUAUAGAGGUCUUUGCUAUUUUUCUUAAGUAAAGACUGUUACCGAGAUUAGUCUGAUAUCCAUCUAAUACUCAAGUUAGUUUAGUUAACGGUGACACGGGCCAAAAUCCUAAAAUAGUGGAGGGGUAUUUGGAGUAGAGGGGAGAGACAAAUCUAUUGGUGCUUUGGUGGUCUAUCUGUUCUCUGUCCCAAGUGUGAGAUUGGGGUAUUUGGAGUAGAUGGGAGAGAAAAAUCUAUUACCCCCUAUCAACAUUCAUAUGUAUAUGGGAUGUUGCAAAGUUAGUCUUUAUCCCUACUCCAAUUUGAUUAGCACAACGGACGACAGCAAGUUGGAUUC